AUGUCGUUUACUACUUUUAGUGAACUUAUUGGCAUAAAGGAAACAGUGAAGUUGCUCGGUCUAGGAGAAAAUCUUCGAGUGGAGCUGAGUAGGUGGUUCUGUAGAGGCUUGAUGGAUAGAUAACUGAAAGUUGCCUUAUCUCAUAUUCUAGUUUUCAGGGCCGAGUUGUUCAAAGCUGGGUUAAGAUAACCCAGGGUUAGUGCGAGAUUUAAAUUCAGAUUUGAAAGCUUAAAAAGCAUUUCAGUUUAAUUUAAUUUUGUUGUCUACAAGUUGAUGAUUGGAAGCUCUAAAAAUAACAAAGAAAAUUACCGGAGAAAAUGCUUCUGAACACAAGAAAAAGAAGCAAGGGUUAAAUUUAACCUCAGGUUACGCACUAACCAGCCUUCGAACAACUGGGCUCACAUGUUACAGUGAAACCGGUUGUUCAUUUGUGUGCCACUUUGCAAUAUUGUCACGCAAUGUUGGUAUUUUGAUUGGCAGUUUGCUCCGAGCAAGUUGCGAGCUCAAAUUUCAACUUGCUGCCUCGUGGUCUUUGUCUGUUGCGGUGGAAGUAAAAGCGGGAUGUUUCAGGUACUGUUACAAUACUUUGAAGACAGGUACGCCAGUUUUUAUGUACAAAACCCAAUUACCGAUUUCACGGAAUUACUAGAGCGAGUGAAGAAAGCGGUUCCUGUUCUCAAAGGUAUCUCAGACGACCAAAUCAAGAUCUCGUACAAGGAUGUACAGUUGGGGACUUUCGUAAACGCAUUUCCUUGUGGUUCUGACUCUUACAGGCGAGUGCAACUGAAAGUCAGGGAAAGUGACUCACCAUUUCUUCUGAAAAGUUCUCGAGGCUCACAGCCACUACCACAAGAAACUGAGCACACGAAACCGAACGUUGCGAAAUUGAAACUUGAACAGAAAACACUUUUCACACCAUCCGAUGAUUGA